AUGGAGUCCACCGGCUCGACGGGUCACGCUCAGAACUCGGGCCACAAGGUCCGCCGCCCCAGGGCGGCCAGGGCGUGCAAUCUCUGCAGGCUGAAGAAGAACAAGUGCGACGAGCUGUACCCUUGCACGUACUGCAGAAAUCGCAAUGUGGAAUGUGUCUACCAAGGCCAGGACUCAUCCAGGAGGCGAUACACUCCCGAAUAUGUCAGGGGCCUAGAGCAGCAGGUGGAGCAGCUCUCAGCCCAGCUAGAGGCGCAGGCAGCGGCCAGCUCGUCCUCUGUCAAGUCGGGCUUCUCCGCCCAUAACCAGUAUACUAACCACGGCGCCCCGCCAUCCGGCUCGCCCGGAACGAGCACGGGGCUGUCUGCCACGCCGCCUACCACGACCACCACGACCACCGCGACGCGGGCCCGCCAGAGGGGCGGCCAGGAGGUGACGGCCAUCAACAGCCACACCAGGAACGUCGAGUUCUACGGCAGCUCGUCGUCGGUCGCCCUGCUCUCCCAGGUCCAGCGUGGCGGCGAGCGGUCGCCGGCGUCGUCCGAGGCCGGCGGCGGCGCGGCGGAGCACUCCGAGUCGGACGCCAUGGCCGCCGCCCUGCUGUCCAACCUGCACAACCCGGCCUUCUCGCCGCCGCAGCUGGACGCGCCGGACAAGGGCGGUGGUGUCGGUGGCGGCGGCGGCGUCGGUGGCAGCGGGGGCGGGGGCACGACGGUCCUGACCGUGGCGGGGGCGCAGCUCACGGCCAUGGAGCCGGCCUACUACCGGCAGUGCAGCGUCUUCCUGCACAACUUCUUCUCCACCAUGCACUACAUCCACCCCAUGAUCGACAAGACCUCCUUCCUCGAGAGGUGCGAGGUGCUCUGGUCCGGCGACAAGGAGGCCAUGAUGCAGCACGCGAGCUUCGUGCCGCUGUACUUCAGCAUCCUCUCCAUCGGGGCACUGGUCGGCUACCGCGACAUCGAGCCCGUCGGCGGCGUCAGCAACCAGAAGUGGAGCAGGCGCUUCUUCAACGAGGCGAGGGCGCGGUUCAAGGAGCUCGAGCUCGCCACCGAUUUGGAGAUGGUGCAGACGUUCUUCUUUAUGGCGAAGGUCUGCCAGAACGAACUCAAUGCCCACUGGUCCUACUUCUACAUCGGCAUGGCUGUGCGCACCGCGUUGGCAGUGGGCAUAAAUCGCGAGCCAGGCCCAAGCUGCAAGAGAAGCCCAGCUCAGCUCAGGGCAGAGGCCAGGACCUGGUGGGGCAUUUAUUCCCUGGAGGAAGAGCUGUCAUUCGCCAUGGGGCGCCCAAGCGGGCUCGGCUCCGAAGAGUACCACAACCGCGGCUUCCCCCUGACCGAGUUCACCCCGGGCCUCGACCCGGGCUCUCCGCUCCUGGACCCGCCGCACUGCGCCAUCAUCGAGCACAUGGUACACUUCUCCAGAUUGAUCCGGCAGGUGUGUAUAGACAUCUACCUCCCGCAGAACUCGGCCGCCAGGACGGUCGAGCUGGCGCAGCACCUCGACCAGCGCUUCGACAGCUGGCUGUCCCACCUGCCGGAGCCGAUCCGCCCGAGGCUGGGGUCGGACCAGUCGUCCAAGAUCGGCAGCCACAAGGAGGCCAUGUGGAUGAAGAGGCAGAAACUUGUGUUGAACAUGCGUAAGUGGGACUUCUUGGGCCGUUAUGCGAGCCCUUCGCAGAAGAAGACUGACCAGAUGCCCCCCCUCACACGCUCAGGGUACCUUAAUCUCCGGAUACUACUAUUCGGGUCUAUACUUCUGACCUCCACGCCUGCCGAAAGGUCCUCGGUGCCAGGUUCAUACGAGUGUGUCCAGAAAUGCCUGGACUCGGCGAAAAGGACCAUCGAGACCAUUCACGAGACCUACCACCACCAGGAGUUCUUCCGCACAUGGUUCUACAACACGACAUACACCAUCUUCGCGACGUCCAUCAUCCUCGUUUACAUCAACCAGGAGGCGUCCGAGGCCGAGAUCCAGCCGCUCCUGAGGCUGGUGCACAUGGCCAUCGAGGUCCUCGAGACCAUGGCGGACGAGUGCGUCGUGGCGGGCAAGUCGGCCAAGCUGCUGCAGAAGGCCAUGGAGAAGUCGGCCGCCGCCCGCCACGAGAGGAGCUCCGAGCGCCUCGCCGCCACGCUCAUGGCCAUGAACGGGGGCGGCGAAGCCCCGGUGCUGGAGCCCACCCAAAGCGGCGGCGGCGGCGGCGGCAACGGCCCUGCUGCUGCCGCCGCCCCUGACGAUGGGUUCGCGGCUGACCCCAUGAUCGCCAUGCAGUGGCGCCAUUGCUGGGCCCCUGUCAACCUGCUCGACAGCGAGGUCAUGGAUUUUGACUUUGGCAUCCCGUUCAUGGACUUUGACGAGAGGGGCAUGCCUGGAGUUGAGCACUCCGGGACGAAAGAGGGGGAAAACCAGCGGAUAGGGAAAGAAGGUGCACGUGAAGGACAUCACGGGCCCGAGGACGAGGACGACGAGCGCGACUCUCACGAACGCCAUGAUGAGGAGCACACCUACGACCAGGACGUCAUCAGCGUGGAAGAGGUAGAAUGGGCCGAGACACUCCAUGUUCUCGCAUGCAACCACGACUCAGAGGAACCAACCGUAGCUUUUGUGAGCGGGCCGGGCACUUACGAUGACUGCUGGGGCGUCUCGGUCGAGAGUGGCGACGACCCGAACGCCGAGGGUGUCGACCUCGACACGCCAUCUUGCUACCACAAUCUUGACAGCAACUGCGAAGCCAUUUUCCCGUUCCACUGGUGCUGCUACGAGAUCCUGACCAAGUGCCUCACCGGGUCCUUUGACGAUGACAGCCUAGACAAGGACCUACUGUACAGUGUCAUGCAGGGGCUGUCGCUCGAUGCCGGCACCUCCUUGCGGGUUGUUGACUAUGGUGAUGCGGCUCACAUGCAGGGUCAGAACUGGGAGACACUGGCUGGUUACGAGUUCGUCGUGAGCCACCCCCUGAAUGUACCCCGCGCGAGCGAGCUUGUCUUGUCUAUGUUCGACACAGAUGCUUUCAAGCCAAGGUCCUCGUGCACUGACCUCGGGAGACGCGUCCGCUAUGACCCUUUUGCCAGGACGCCGUACGAUGUCAUCCACAGGAUCUCCAACUUCAUUUCGGACGACGAGCUGGUCAACCUGGCAAGGGCAUCAUGGCCGGUCCACGCGCUUCUGCGAAACAACCAUCAGUUCUGGUGUCACCGGCUCAAGACAUCCUUCUUCCCUUGGUUCUUUGAGCUUCGGGAACUGCUUGAGCAAGACCAGGCGCUGUUGGAGACCAACAAUGCCCAUCGCGUCUUUCAGACCUCUGAUGGGGUUGCCAACCGCCGCCGCAUCUGGUCGGUGUGCGAGCAGCUUGGCCGGAGAUACUGGCCGGAGAAGGAAGAAAAGGACGACACUUCGAUGAGCGAUGAAGAGAAGCUGACUCGGAGGUACUCCGAGUCUAUACCCUCGGUGACCGUCUCGUCACCAGAGGCGACCAGGCUCAAUCCUACCCGCAAGGUGUACUGGGCCAAGUCGUGGUCUGAGGUCCAGUCCGAGUCCAAAAUGUUGGAAACCUUCUGGAACCGUGAGGGCUCAUUGGUUGGCAUCGCGUUAGCGCCUGAUGGUUAG